AAGAAAAAAAAAAUCAAAUAAUUUUUGCAAUAAAAAAAGAAAUUAUAUAACAAAAGAAAAAAAAAACAAAGUCAAAGAAGGCUUCCCCAUUUUUUGAAAAAAGUAAUAAAAAAAUUACAAGUCCUGAUAUUCUAGAUUACUGAUUAAGUGAAAAAAUUAAUUAAACAAUGAGUAGUAAAGAAAUGUCGGCUAUGGAAGAAGGGAUGUUUUUAACCGUGAAGCAAAUCUGCUAUUCAUCUGACGCAGUUAAACUAAUGCAAAAGGUAAUUGCAGAGGUCGUGGGAACAUAUUUCGUGAUAUUUGCAGGAUGUGGUUCAGUGGUGGUGAAUAAGUUAUACGACGGCAUUGUUACAUUUCCUGGGAUUUCUGUAGUUUGGGGUCUCAUUUGUAUGGUCAUGAUUUACUCUGUUGGUCAUAUUUCGGGUGCCCAUUUUAAUCCUGCGGUUACCAUUACUUUCUGCAUUUUCCGUCGUUUUCCUAUGAAACAAGUGCCUGUUUAUGUAGUGGCACAGCUCCUUGGAUCAAUCCUAGCAAGCGAAACUUUAACUUUGGUUUGGGAUAUACCUCGAGAUGCCUUUUUUGGAACAGUACCAGUUGGACCUGCUUCUCGAUCUCUAGUUCUUGAGAUUAUCAUUUCCUUUCUAUUGAUGUUUGUUGUAUCGGGGGUGGCUACAGAUAGUCGUGCUAUUGGAGAAUUGGCUGGAAUUGCAGUGGGGAUGACAAUAACGUUAAAUGUGUUCGUAGUUGGACCGGUAUCAGGGGCAUCAAUGAACCCAGCAAGGACACUUGGACCGGCUAUAGUGAUGCGUGUAUACGAUGGAAUCUGGGUUUAUAUGGUUGGACCAAUGCUGGGCACUAUAUUGGGAGGAUUUGUUUAUAAUUUGAUUAGGUUCACUGAUAAACCUCUAAGUGAACUAACCAGAUCAUCUUCUUUCGUGAAGAGCAUGUCCAAAAGCACUGCCACCGCUACUCUUUAGGGUUUUUCUUCAUAUAUAUUUUUUCCAUCACCCAUCUAAUCAGCUGCUAGCAGAGGGGCUAUUUUUUUUUUGUAGUUUAAAAAUAAUGUUAUUUGGAGUUUUGAAUUUAAUGUUCUUGUUUCUUUUAAUUAAUAAGUUUGAAUUGAAUGCGUAGCCGACCCUGUACGGGGCAUUGCAAAGA